AAAUACUAGUGUUGGUAGUACUGAACAGUUUUUGCAUGUGAUUUAUAACGAAGUAUAUAAUUUCAAAUGAAAAAUUAGAUUAUCGAUAUACUAAUUUUUAUUGUAAACGUAAUAGAGCAUUAAAUAUUAAACAUAAAAAAUGGGAAAAAAUAAGAGGACACGAAGAGUUGUUAUGCAAAGGUUUGCACAAAUGAAAAGAAUGAUAAGCCUGACAGAUUCAAGAAUAAAACCAGAGCAUCGUGAACCACCAAAAAAAGUUAAAAAAGAAAAUCCAACUGAAAUUAAAAUAACAGAAGCUCCCCAGCAGUCCUCUGCAUUAUUUUUCCAUUAUAACACACAACUAGGACCUCCUUAUCAUAUUUUGGUAGAUACAAAUUUUAUAAAUUUCUCUAUUAAAAAUAAAUUAGAUAUCAUAGAAAAUAUGAUGGAAUGCCUUUAUGCUAAAUGCAUUCCAUAUAUAACGGAUUGUGUAUUGGGUGAAAUGGAGAAAUUGGGUCAAAAGUAUAAAAUAGCUUUAAGGAUUAUGAAAGAUCCUAGAUUCGAAAGGUUAAACUGUAUGCACAAAGGCACGUAUGCGGAUGACUGUAUCGUCAAUAGAGUAACUCAACAUAAAUGCUACAUUGUGGCAACUAAUGACAAAGAUCUAAAGAGGAGAAUACGAAAAAUACCUGGUGUACCUAUAAUGUACGUUGCUCAGCAUAGGUACACCAUAGAAAGAAUGCCGGAUGCGUAUGGAGCACCUAGAAAAUAAACACACUUUUUUUAUUGUAUAAAUUUAUGCAAUAAAGCUUGUACAUCUUACUCUCUAAUAAUCUUCAUCGAUGAAUAAAUCUUUGACAAAACGAU